AUGAAGUCACGCGAGGUUUCUAAUGACUUGACUAAAUGCCACGUCUGAGAACGAAUAGACACUUUUGAGACCCUUUGCGCUGUUUGGAAGAAUUUGUCUGAUAAACUAUCAUCGCUGCAUAAUUACAGCAGACAGGUGAGAUGAUGGCCCAUGGACGUCUGCUAGCGUUAACACUGUUCUUGGGAGCAGUACUGUUGCUAGCCGCCCAGCUAACUGUUGCUCAUAGCCACUCUCAUGACCAUGGGCAUGCACACGAACACCAUGGUCAUGCACACGACCACCAUGGGCAUGCCCACUCGCACGGGGGCGGGGGUUGCGAUGGUCAUUCCCAUGGCGGUCAGAAACUGCACCACGGGGCGAGCAAGUGGAGUGCUGAGGCCAACCUGCCCCCAGCAGAGGAGUCGCAUCACGGUCACGCACAUGACCAUGGGCAUGAGCACAAGGAGGAGAGUGGACACGGGCACACCCACGGAGGGGAGAGGGUGAAGAGGGAGGCAGAGGUCGAGAAGAGGGACAUAGUGGAGCUCUGGAUUCAGGCCAUCGGUGCCACUCUGCUGAUCAGUGCAGCUCCCUUCCUCAUCCUCUUCCUGAUCCCGGUCCAGUCCAAUACAGACCAGCACCAGAACCUCCUGAAGGUGCUGCUGAGCUUCGCUUCUGGUGGCCUGCUGGGAGACGCCUUCCUGCACCUCAUCCCUCACGCCCUGGAGCCUCACUCUCACCAUGGAGACGAGGGACAUGGCCACUCACAUGACAGUGAAGAAUCACAGGAUCAUGGCCACUCACAUGGUGCCGCCCAUGGUCACAUGAUGUCAGUAGGGCUGUGGGUCCUCGGUGGAAUUGUGGCCUUCCUGGUGGUGGAGAAAUUUGUUCGCCUCCUGAAGGAAGGACAUGGACAUGGACACUCCCACUCUCACGCUGCUCCUAAGGAAAAGGACAGUGACAGGGAGGAAGAAAAGGAGGAGGGUGAGAAAGAUGAGAAGACUCCAAAAGAAGUGGAGGAGAAAACUAGAGAUAUCAAGGUAUCGGGCUACCUGAACCUGGCUGCUGACUUCACACACAAUUUCACUGACGGGCUGGCCAUCGGAGCAUCGUUCCUGGUUGGCCCUGCAGUAGGCACAGUUACCACUCUCACCAUCCUGCUGCACGAGGUGCCCCACGAGAUUGGCGACUUUGCCAUCCUGGUCCAGUCUGGCUGCACCAAGAAGAAGGCCAUGUGUCUACAGCUGCUGACAGCUUUGGGGGCUCUUGCCGGCACAGCCUGCUCCCUAUUGGCUGAAGGGGUGGGCGCGGCUGCCACAGCCUGGAUCUUGCCAUUCACCGCGGGUGGCUUUGUGUACAUCGCCACGGUGACGGUCCUGCCUGAGCUGCUGGUUGGGCGCUCCAGUCUGGGCCAAUCGGUGAUGGAGAUCCUGGCGAUGCUGGUUGGAAUUUACAUGAUGGUGCUAAUCGCCGAGUACGAGUGAGACAUCGAGCCAUCAAUAAGAGGGUGGUAGUGAUUUGAGGAAGGAGAGGGAGGUAUUUGGAGAGGGGAGGAGGAGAGACUGAACCAGAGAGAUGGAUUUUGAUGAUUGUUAUGAUUGGAAGGAAACAGUCUGAUAAAGAGCUGAGAAGUGACCGACAGAACUUUCACAGGACUGGACUAUUUGUUCCAAAGAGGACCUGAAUAGGGAGUUGCAUUUCAACACCAACCAACUGGAGGAUGAUGACCAAGAAGAUCUGAACUGUACAAAGUCCUCAUCAGCAGGACUGUCACCAUGUCUAAGUCAGAUAGGUCAUCAAACUGAGACUUAGGCAAGCAAGGCAGAUGACUCGGGAGUUGUAAUCCAUUCCCUUUUUGGUAACAAAAAGGCAACCCAAAACAAUAGACGUUUAAGUUGCUGUUUACUAUUGAAUCUGUCCAUUAGUUAAAACUAAAAUCAAGAAUCGCCUCCACACCAAUAUUUGUAAUGCUUACUUUUGCCUUUUAAUUGUACUUUCAGAGAUCACAGAUUGAACACAAAAUAACUAGACAGUUAAGUGGUUAGGGGAUUUUCAUGGAUUUAAAAGGUUAUUUUUGGAUCAGUAUAUUAGUCUAUAACUGGAACAUUCUAAUUAAAUUAAAAGGGCAUUACAUUGUAUUGUAUAGCCCAUAAACCAGGUCCCCAAAUAGCGGCCAUCUUGGAUACUUGACAUUGAUGAGGCCAAGAGUGUCCUGAAAUGUCAUCAGCUUCCUGAAUGGGACUUAUUGGGAAAGAUGAGUAAGCUUCUUUAGAUGUAGUACUGUACUGUACUGUAGUUACUGACCAAGCUAGCUAGGGAGAUAUACUUGUUAAAUGGUUUUCAUACCUGCAUAAUGAGGAAGUACAGUAAAUGUAUGUAUUUAGGGUGGGCUAGCCAUGUGGAACUUAACCGAUUAUCCAGUGACAGGAUUCGGGGGAAGUAGACACAGUCCUUCAAAACUAAUUUAUUAAAUCCUACUUCAUUGUAAUGUCUUGACCAAGUGAUGUUUGCCCUUCUUUUGAACAACUGAAUGAUGAACCCUCUUCCACAUUUGUUUAGUGUUUAUAAGCCACUGCUGCAGCAGGUUUUGUUGAAUUGUAACAUUUAUAAUUUUUUGGCAUUCACACAUGUUCUCUUGCGUACAGUACUCAAACCUGCACUGAAUGCAUCUGCUCUCCCUCCACUCUUGACGAAUACAGUAGGCCUUAUGUGUCAUUAAGACAAUCAAUGCUGUAGCUGUUGUGCGUUUAGAAAGAGCUCCCUCACCCUAAACCAUUCUGCAUGUACACGACUGCAUCUCUGGCCUGAUUCCAAACCGAUCCCAUGCCCCUAUCCACAGAAACUUGUUGACCUUCUUUCUUGUGGAUCUGAAACUGUUUUUAUUGCCAAUAUUGUACAGUAAGCUGCUUUACCUAGGUAUCUGUGAUAAGUAGGUAGUUUCCAUCCAAUGUAUUCCUUACAUCGACAGUCUUAUCAGAUGCUUCAGGUUGUCAACAUUGGCCUAUCGAUGGGUGCAAUGGCUUGAUUUGGAAUCCUACUUUUUAAUCAAGGAGGGACCAAGUAAAGGACUAAUGUUUACAGUAGUGUGUGGGAGAUUUGUUAAGAGCGGGGGCGAAGAGGAGUGUGGUGGAAUUUUAGUUACUUUGUGUUAUCUUGACUUUUCAUUAAACAAUUAAGAUUCUCUCA